UAAAAAGCUGUAAGCAUUUCCAUUACAUGUCAACCACAACUAAAAACUAAAAAUUAAACUUUUUUCAAGAUGAGUUAACAGGAAAACACUCAAAUUUUAUGAAGUGCUUAUUAUAAUUUUAAAGAGCAAAGAAUGGCAGUUUAACACUGAAUAUCUCCUCCACUCAAGAUGAUAGUGACAAGGUUUCCCCAGCCAAGAAACAAAAGAAACGAAACAAAGAGGGAGGAGAAGCAAGAAAAAAGAUCAUCUGGAGGCUUUAUAUCAUUUGCGCUUUCAUAAUUUAACAGCAGUUUUUAUUAUUUUGUUAAAAUUCCAAAUAUUAACCGAGAGAGGUACUAUGCCGAUUUAUAAGGCCAAGUGGUGAAUAGAUGAAGCAAAUGAACAUAUGUCGGCAAAUUAAAUUACAUGUGUGUACAAGGCAGUGCAGCCUAAUGAGCUAUAGCCAUACUCGCUAGCGACGAAGCUUACUCGAUCAUUUUGUUAUGGCUUGCGCAUGCAAUGUGAGUUAGUGGGCCCAUCGGUUUUGACGUGUUUUAUGUUCUAAAAUUAUCGCUUAAAUGUAAAACAAAUGCUUGUAUUUCUAUAUAAUUCCUAUAUUUUUUAAUCACUCAAUUCGUCGCUUUUCGAUUGCAUCAAGUUACCUUAAGAAAUUACUAGCAAACAAAAGUUUCGAAUUGGCACAGCAGAAGUGUAAAAUUUUUUCACCAUAUUAAAAAACUGUUAACCCCAAGGCAAGGGUUUAUUUUCUGUGCAUACAUAUAUCGUCAAUUCGCCAAGGACAAAUCAAGGCGCAUUUAUAAGGGGUGGUAUUAUUAGAACAUCUGAUAUUUUUGUCUCGGUGAUUCUUUUCGUUUAAAUUAUGUGUUUUGUUUCUUCUUCUUCUUAAUUGGCGCGAUAACCGCUUAUUCGAUUCUGGCCGAGUUUAAUAAAGCGCGCCAGUCGUUUCUUUUUCGUGCUAACCGGCGCCAGUUGGACACACCAAGUGAAGCCAAGUCCUUCUCCACCUGAUCUUUCCAACGCGCAUGAUUCCUUUGUUUGGAAAGCCUCAAAUGAGAGGAAGGUAAUGGAGCGGCGCUAUAAUAAUGGAGAUACAAGUUCGUGGCUAUUAGGGGAUUCUGGAUACCCUCUUGAGCCAUGGCUUAUGCCCCCGUAUCGAUUACGCGAAAGUGAGACCGACGUAGGCAAAUGUAUUUUCAACGAUAUUCAUAGUAAGGCUAGAAGCAUUGGCGUAUACAAAGGCCGCUGGAGAAUAUUAUCGGACGAUAGAAAGCCAAGGUACAACCCAACAUUAUUUGCACGUUUGCGCCGCUCUUCACAAUGUAUGUAUCAAUAGAAAUAUUCCAUUUCAAUUCAGCAACGAAACUCUAACUCCAAGACAAGAAGGACUGUUAGAAUGUACACUAUUGGACAUAAACAAUCGAUUAUCAGAAAGGAUAAGAAAGAGAAUAAAAGACCAUCUUUCCCAACCAGCAAUGUAAAAAUUUAAUUU